AUGGCUGACUACAACAAAUCGUCAGGACUUAGCUGGCAUACUGUUAUGCAGUGGACGUUGAGGGGCCAAGAUUGUGAUCUGCGAGCUGAAUUCCCCCAUGUCGAUGACCCGUCGGGCUGCCUCUUUGGGCGACUCCGGACCCACGCCGCAUCGCAACCUCAGACAACAACAAAGGCUCCAGAGACGACACGAUUCAGGAAUGAGGAUCAAUUCGCCCCGAACCACACAACACAUGGUCAAUACAUGCAACGCCAAGUUAUAGGGUGGGGGGGUUCCAAAAUUCCAGUUGAUCCUGGGGUUGACAAGAAGCAAACCCACUCUUUCUGCUUCAUGGGCGGCUAUUUCCCUGCCGAAGGCCGAAGCAGGAAGCGCCGUGGUUGCGGAGAGCAUCACAAAUUCACUGUUCAUUGGGGGCCACCUUUCUCCAACAAGUCUGGAGGAGCGACCAAGAAGAUGGGGAUAGAGCCAAGUCCGUGUCUUCACGGACCGAAUAGUACCAUGGUUGAACCUGUUGUUGAACUCACUCGUUUACUAUCAGCCUUUCGGCCACCCCUCCUCCAGACCCCUGCGCUGUCUUGCGCCCUCUCCACGCAUAACAACCAGUAUACCUGGAAAUUUUUGGCCCUCGGGUAUUUCUGGCAUCGAAGCAUACUGUUUGUGCAGCACAGACGACUAAGCAGCAUUGUUCGCAAAUUUACUUUUGGUCGUGCAGACUUUCAAAAUCGAUAG